UGCAGACGUGAGAAAUAUAAAACAAAGGCAAGAGUCAGAGAACCACAUAUCCAAAAAGAAAGGGAUCGGGAUACAGUGAAGUGAAGCAAGGCAUUUGGAAAGUAUUUGUAGCCGCAGCAGGAGCUACUCCUGCAGGAAACCAAAAGGAUAAGGGGGAAGUGGGGACAAGAAGAGGACAAAAAGGACACAGGGCAAAGGAUACUGUUGUUUGAUUGGAUUGGUGCGUUUGCUUGGAUUUCUCCCUUUCCUCCUCCUGGGCUGGCAGCAUAGGGGGAGGCAGAGCCGUGACCACUGCAGGGAUGAAGUACAGCUACCAUGUACCGGUGUCAUCAUACACACGCAGCUCUCACUACACUCCGACUCACUACACCCCUACCCAUUACACCCCUACACACUACACUCCAACUCACUACACGUCCACAUAUACCUCUACGACAAAGUACACCCCAACACACUACAGCACAUCGCAUUACACCCCAUCACACCUCACAUCCACAUACAAGUCCACGUCGACGUACAUCCCGUCAUACAGCAAAGGAUCACGGUACAGCUCGACACGCCGUGCACAAGCACAGGAGAACCCUGCACCUGUCAUACCCGUCACACCUGCAAAGAGGACUGUGCACUUCCCCAAUGACAUCAUCUUCCAGGAUAUCGUAAGACGUGGAGAUUUGGAGCAAAUUGGCCGGUUCAUGAGGGCAAGGAAGGUUCGUGUGGAUACUCUCUUCCAUUCAGGGUUGGCAGCACUACAUGAGGCCGUCCUGACGGGAAACCUGGAGGUGGUGAAGCUGCUGGUGAAAUAUGGAGCUGACGUUCACCAAAGGGACGAGGACGGCUGGACGCCACUGCACAUGGCCUGCAGCGACGGCUUCCCGGAAAUUGCCAGUUACUUGCUGUCUAUGGGGGCCAGCACCGAGGCAGAGAAUGAGAGCGGAGAGAAACCUGCAGACCUCAUUGACCCUGACUGCAAAGAGCUGGCCAAACUGUUUGAGACUGGCUGUGUGUGACGCGGGCACCAAAAAGGACUUGAGGGAGAUCAGCGAGCAGGAACAGAGGGAGCAGCCAUUUUGGAUCUGGAACAUCAUGUACAACACAAACGGCAUAGCAGGUGAAGAAGCAU